UGCGCUCGCACCUCCCCUGCGCCCUGCGCUCGCACCCGCGCCUCCUCCCCUGCCGUUGACCGCCCGCCCGCCUGCCCGCUUCGAUCCGGCCGCUUCGGUCCGCUUCGGUCCGGCCGCUCCGGCCCCAGCCGCUUCGGUCGCCCGACCGCCCGCCCGCCCGGCUGCUUCGGUCCGGCCGCUCCGGCAGCCCCGCCGCGCCGCGCCCCAGUCCUCGAGGAUCCGCUCCUUGUGGCUGCCGGAUCUACAGGGCGUCGGGGGAGAACCCCUCUGUCACAGUGCGUUUCGAGAAAUCGCACAACAUCAGAGGGUGUUCCAUCUCAGUACCAGUUUCAGACAUACAUGGACACAAACAUAUGGACGAACAGAACUCUUCUGUGGACGAACAGAUUUCAACACCGAAUUGAACAAAAUAGUGUCGAGUACCAACAAUCUACUGAACCAAAACAGUCACUGUCAAAUGAGGAUAGCACUAGGCAGCAGCUAGUACACAGAUCUGAAGUCUAGUAUCUUAGCCACUAGUUACACUUCCAAAACGAGGCAUGAUUGGUAUGGACUUCAAGGAUGUGAGAUCAAAAUCUUCAGUUCUUCAUGUUCUCCCAUUCAGUUCAGAGAAGAAGCGUGGUGGUGUGGUUUUGAAAGUGUCAGAUACAGAGGUUCACAUUCAUUGGAAAGGGGCAGCGGAGGUACUAUUAGCAUCUUGCAGAAGCUGGCUUUCUACUGAUGGUUCUGUUCAGCCAAUGAAUUCCAUCAAGACUCUUGGCGAUGCAAUCCUUGUGGCCUUUGUGGCCAGCUGGGAGCUCUUCACACCACGGUGGCGACGGGUCACAGGACGCGUGACUGGCUAUGUGGUUCUUCUACUUUGUAGGACGUUUGAUGUUUGUUUUGCCACCAUGUUGGAUGUUUCAUGUUGGAUGCUCGAUUAGUAUGAUUUGUUGGAUGAGGACUUGUUGGACUCAUUUAUUAUGGUUUAUGUGUGAUGUAUAUGUAGAUUUGUGUGAUAUAUAUGUGGAUUUGUGUGAUAUAUGUGAAUUCCAGUUAUAUAAUCAUAUUUGUGAUGCAAAA